UAUUAUUAUUCAAACAGUCUUCGGUCACAUUGUCAACCACUUCCACAUCAGUAGUCUUGAAGUUGGAUUUAAAAAAUUCUCACGAAAAUUAUUUAUAAGCAGGUGAAACACAAUUGGAAAACAUUCUGGAGUCAAAGCAGUUGAUACAACAUGAGUGGCAAGCAGAUAUUAGGCCUUUUGGCCAGUGCCCUGAUCCUGGGAAGCUUGCAAGUGGCAGCGGCAACUGAAACGGACAACAAAACCACUGAAUUCGUGGCCACCAAGGAAUGGCAGGUGAUUGCGGAAGGGCAAUCAAUUCCCAAGGGCUUGCAUGUCCGCAUUAACCUACAAACUGGACUCAAGGAAGCCAAGCUCUUGGAUGACAACGAACGUGACACGGCGUUACAGAGUCAACCAGAGGAUCAGGAUCAGGGUGAUAAUGAACCCCUGGCAUUGGACUACAAGCCAGACAUAAUUGAGGAAUCAUUACGGCGCGUCAAGGAGCAGAAGAAAAGUUAUGCUGAGCUCCGCAAGGCAUACAAGGAGUUCCAGAAGAAUUUCCGGACAGACGGUGAGCUAAUCGUUCAGUUGAUCGAUCAGUACCGGAACUUCAGCAGGACACCGUUGGAAACUGAGUUGCGCUCCAAAUUGGACUGCCUUGAAAAUUUGGAAUAUCUUCUGCACCAGAUAGACAAUGCCCUGAUGUUCAUUGAUAAUGGAGGAUUGGAUGAUGUUCUCCUUCCCAUUGUGGUCAACGAUACAAAUACCUCCCUGAGGGUCUCGGCCAUGCGUGUGUUGGGGUCUCUGACGAGCAACAAUCCCAAGGCCCAAAUCAAGGUGUUCGAGAAGAACUUUGGCUCGCAUCUGGCCCAAAUCCUGAUGAGCUCCGGGAAUGGCGGAGAGAUCUCCGCCGCGCUUCACGCCUUUGGAGCUCUGCUCCGUAAGUUUCCGUUAGCUCAGCAGCGAGUGCUUUCCACCUCGGGCACACAGGCUCUGAUCAAGGUACUACAGAGUCCAGAUGUGGAGCUCCGAAGCAAGGCAAAGGUAGUGACCCUCAUCAGUGAUCUGGUGCUGGAGAAGCGGUCAGUUUUAAAGGCCAGCAAAGAUGCUCCCGAAGCGGCCUCCACAAUGGCACAAUAUGUGCUCUUAGAGUUCGAGCCCUGGCUACAAACACAGGGCUACUGUUCAGCGGUGGACGGUGUCCUGACAAAGGAUUUCCUGCAUCUUUUAGAGCAGCCCGAAAUUGUGGAGCAGUUUGCCACUGCUCUGGAGACUACUGAGAAUCUCUGCAUUACCUCUUGGUCGAAUAGUUCAGGUCUCAGGCAUGCUCUGUUAACCAUACGCAAUCGAUAUGCCAACAGCAAGGAUGAAUACCGACUGGAGGUGUCCCAGGUCCUGGCCAAACUGUGCGAGCGAUUGUUCAACAAGUCCAAACACACAGAACUGUAAUCCUAGCCAAUUUACUUUUUAAAAGCUUUAGUUAAUUGUAAGCUAUGUUUGAAUGUAAUUCCUAGCCAAACCAUAAACCCAACAUGUUCAGGUUAGAUGAACAUGUUAAAUAAGUUGCCAAGUACUUGUGAUGCGAAAAUAAUGCUCCUUUUACGAGAAGUAAAGAAUGUCAUUAAUUUAAGAAAGCUACAUAUAUCUAUGGUUUCUUUCUGCAAGUUAGAUUCGAUAGUAAAAACCUAUUUAUUUUUAAUGAGACUGGAGAAUAGUUAUGCCAAUGCUACACUAAGGAUACAGCUACAUAUAAGUUUUCCGGUAAUAAAAACAAGUCGACUUUCUCAGAAUGUCGACAGCUUCAAAA